UGCGUCCUUUGUUGCGUGCAUGUGUUUGUUCUAUUCUGUCGCAUUAUUAUUAUUAUUAUUAUUAUUAUUAUUAUUACUAAUAAUUACUGCAACUGUUGAAUAUUUUCAAACUGAUUAAUAAUUUUCACCCCCGCCGUCAUUUCACUAACGUGCAGGAAUUUUGCCAAGCUAUUUAGACGGAAUAUCUAGCGCCAAGUUCGUUUCACAUUUUUUGCAGACAAAUAUUAUUCUCAUCGAAGUAUUACGUACAUAGGUAAAACUGUUAUGAUACACAAUUGCAUUUCUUACACUAAUAUUUUAGCUUUUUUUUUUGUAUAUAAUAUAUCAUACAACUAACACAGUUUUCCUUAAAUUAUUUUUACACACACCCACCCACAUAUAAUUUAAUAUUUUACUCAUUACUAUUUUUAAGUACCUUCUUAAAUGUAGUAAUACCUGUCAUUUUUAGUUAAAUUUGAAUACUUCAUACUUCCACUAUCUAUUAAAAACUGCUCCUAUGAAAUUUCACUGCAUAUUAUUCAUGAAAUCAUAAUGUAGUUAUUUAGCUACAUUAGUGGAUUCUUUAAAUUUCAAUUUCGUUACCUAGAGCUUUGUUUUAAAAUAUAAAAACAUUGAAAUUAUUUUAAUUAUUUUAAAAACUGUACUUUGAAUAGAAAUUUUUGAUAUAAGUAUUUAGUUAAAAUCAAAAAUACUUAUUGUAUAAAUAUUAAGUUCCAAACAUUUCAUUCCCUUCCUAAUUAUGUAGACAGUAAUAUAGAAUAUAAGGAUUACAAAGAAAAACCAAAAAAUUACCUUCUAAAUCCAGCAGCUUCACAAACUUAUCUACUAAAAAUCGUUUUUUAAUUAGAGCAAGAUUUCUGAUAAACAAGUUGUUAAUAAAAAAAAAACUUUAGUAAAACCAAAUGCACCAUAAAAACUUUAAAGUAAUAUUAACACCAUUUAGUACUAAUAGAACUAAUGCAUUUUUUAAUGAACUGAUAGAAAAUUUAAUAUUUAAAUAAACUUUACUUUUAAUUUUGUAAUAUAUUUAUUAUUAAUAAUUAUUGUAAAAUUGUUAGUUUUAUUGAUAGUUUAUUUUUGUAGAAUGAUGAAAAAGCGUAGUUUUGCUGGUAAUGUAGCCCUUGCCUUGUUUGUUUUGGCUUCAGUGUUUGUGUUUAUUGCAUUUUUCUCAGCAAGUUGGUUAGUCAGUGAUAGCAGAAUUACAGGUAUUCACAGAUUUUUGUAUUUUAGACUAUUUAUUUUAUUAUGAUUGAUUUUUAUUUAAAAAUAGGCUCACAAUUAGAACGUUUUGGACUAUGGACUCACUGUUUUCGCUCAUUACCAGAUCCAACGGAUUUAGCAGGACAAAGGGUUUUUGUCGGAUGUCACUGGAUUUUCGAUCCUUUCACCAAAGGAUACAAUAAAAUUAGAGGAUUUUUACUACCAUGUAAUAUAUAAAUAUAAUAUACCUUUGAUAAGUAUGUUAAAAUUGUAAAUACCUUUAUAUGUGUUGCAGUUUAUAUAGUGGCAACUCAAUUUUUUUACACAAUCACAUUCCUAGGAACAUUGUUAUCCACUGUUGGCUCAUUGAUGUUUCUUUUAUGUUGUAUGCCCGAAGAUAAGUAUUUCAUACAAAUAAAUUUUGUAUUGGGAAUAACAUUAAUUGUAUCUGGUAAAUUGUAUUUCUAUAUUUUUAGCAUAAGAACAUAAUAUGUAUUUCUUAGAAUUAAUAAUGUAUGUAUACAUGCUCACCUAAUUUGUUGGGUUAAAUUAUGCAUGUAUUAGAAUUCUGAUUUUUGAAAUUUUUAAGUGAUUAUAUUUUUGUAUAUUUAGAUUUUUCUAAUAAAAUUCUAUAUUGAAAAUUCCAACAAUAGAUGAAAUAUUAGAUAAAAUACAUUUUGGUAUUAAAAUUUGUAAUUUCUGUCCACUUGGUCAAGAGAUAUUCCUCUUUUAAGUAUUUAAAUAUAUCAAUUUUAACUACAUUUAAAAAUUCCUGAAAUCAGAAUUUGCAUUUAUACAUAAUUUAAAAAUGGGGUAAGCAAUUUAAUGAAUCACCCUAUAUAUAUGUAUAUACAUAUAUAAGGUUGGCCCUUAUUUAUAGAGAGGGAAAAAAUUUAAUUUUUUUUGAUUUCUCACCCUUCCAUAUGUUUUUUUAUUAUAAAAAACUAAGUUUUAAAGAUUUUUGAAAAAUUUUAAAAAUAUUCCACUUAGCAUAAAAAUGUAUACAGAUCAAAAUAUUUUCGAAACAAAAUUUUAAUAUAAUUAUAAUAUUUCUCCUAAAUCUAUUGUUUCCUAAGACAUAAUAGAAGUUUCGUUUUUAUAUAAUAUAGAUACUAUAUUUGAAAGUGUUCCAUGACAGUUAACAUUAUUGAAUGUAAUUAGUGUUAUGAUAUUACCUACUCUAAUAUUGUUUUAUUUUGAGAAAUUCUAUACUAAAGCUGAUUGCUAUCUUUCUAACUUAAAAAUAAUUAUAUUAAAUCUAUUUUAAUCAUCUGUUAGAUAUGAAAAUAUUACAGUUGUAUCAUUACAUAUUAUUUUACUCAUCCACUACUCUACUUGUUUUGAAAUAAGUAAAUUGUUUUAUAAAUCAAUAAUAAUUAAAUACAAUGACUUCAUCAUCAUUACAAUGAAAUGUAUUUAGUUGGAAAUGUGAACAAUAAAAUUAUUGGCAGUAAGUUACCUGCUACUAGCUAAUUUUUGAGUGUACUAUUUUAUGUCAAAUUUAAUUUAUGAGAAAGUGUAACAUAAGUUUAUAAAGAAAUAUUAUUAUUUUGGCAAAAAGCGAGGAUUCCAGUUCAGGAUGAACAACAUAUGGAACAAUUAAGUAAAUUUCAACAGACAUAGUUCAAAAUUAAUUUAUUAUAGUUUGAGAUAGGAAUAGAUGAUGUAGUUGUAAAAUGUACUGUUGAAACAAAUAGAUCUGAAAUUAUAAAUGUCUAUUUUAAAAAUAAAAAAUAAACAAUGUAGUGAUGAUUACAAAGAACUAUUGACAUUUUCUAUUAUUCUACUAUUAUAUGUAUUUCUGGACCCAAACCAUCAAAUGGUAUAUCCUUUUGUUAUUGAAUGUCUCGUAAUUGAAUUCCAGUUUAAUAACUUUAUAUGUUUAAAGAAAUUAAUUAAAUACGUAGAUAUUAUAAUUUCUAUGGCAGUUGUGCAUAGAUUAUGGUCAUUUAUGGUAUCUCGUGCCUGAUAAUAUCUUAUUAUAAUUUUUUUGAUUCUCGUGUGUCAACUUUAAUUAAAAUAAAAAUGAUUGAAGUAAAUGGACACAUAGUAUUGAUAUUGAUGAUACAAUUAAUAAAAAAACAUUAGUAUUACAUAGUGAAGAUAUAGAAAUAUUUUAAAAGAAAGAACUUUAUGAAUUUAAAUCUUUUGAAACAAUCAAAUGUUUUUCAAGAUUUAAAAUAUCAUCCUGAUAUUUGGAAUGAAAGAGGCAAUUUUUAAAAAAGAAUCAGUAACUAAGCUAUCCGGCAUGUACGUUGAAUAGUAUAUUGAGAAGGACAAAGAACACAAAUAAUUUUUGUUAUGUAUUUUAAAUGAUUACAAUUUAUAAGACAAAUUAUCUAAAUUGUUGUAAAAACACGAGACAUUAAUUAAUACAUAAAAGUUAUAGGAUUUUUAUUUAAAUGUAACAUAAACCGUAUUUGCUUUUUAUACACUUGUUAUUGCUUUCAUCAAUAUUUAAAAAUAUUUUGUAUUUUAAAUUUGAUGUAAUUUAAUUUAAUUUUCCUUUUUAUGUUAUGUUAUCAUAACAUCAAUGAUUUAGCAGAUAUAUUUAAAAACUUUAUUUUUCAAUAUUUUAUUAUUUUUCUUGAAAAAUAAUGGAUUUAGGAGAAAUAUUGUAAAAAAGUAUUUUAGAUCUUUAAUUAAGAUAUAACAAAUUUGUAUGUUAGAUGCAAUGUUUUUUAAAGUUAAGUACCAAAAACUCUAAAACUACCCUGUUUGGCAAUUUUCAAAGCUCUUGUGGCACAUGAAAGGGGUAUGUUACAAUCAUCAAAUUGCAAUACAAAUUAGUAUUUUAUCCAAAAAUAUAAAAAAGUGAUAUAUCAAAAAAUUGUGAGUUCAAAAAUAAGGGUAUAUGUAAUAUAUAUACAUUUUUUUUUUAAUUUAGGUAUAUGUGCUGCUCUAGCUGUGUUAAUAUUCGCUUUGUUUGCUAAUCAACCAGGGUGGAUGCCUGGCCAUGAGAACAACUAUUUCGGUUGGGCAUUUGGUGUAGCUAUUGCAAGUUUCUUUGCUUUACUGGCAUCUGGAGGUUUAUAUUUGGUUGAAAAAAAUAUCCAAGUUAAGAAGCGAAACUGUUUGAAAGAAUCACAAACUAAAUUUGACUUGGAAACCAUAUAAUAAGUUUACAUUUCUAUUACACAAUUUUCAAAACUAACCUAACCAUGCACCUUAGGUUUACAUAUAAUUCAAUGUUUUUAAUAUGAAUAUUCAGUGUUUAGUAAUUUUAAUUGUUUAUGUUGUAAUUUGCAUUAAAACAAUUUUUAAUUUUAAACUGGUCAUACUGUAUUAUACUAUUACAAUAACUCAAAUACUGUAAUACACUGUAAGUAG